GCUAUCGCCAGCAGACGAAUGCGCGGAGCUCACGAAACGACGACGAAAGGGGAAGCUAUCCAGCCACAGGCACUUCACAUCUCCGUUUCUACAGAUAGUGAGACAGCUUUGCCAUCCUGCUCUGUGACAGUGCCUGUUGACCUGAGCUGGCAAGAACAGUUUACGGAGAUGCCUCAGCCCCCCCAAGCACCAUCUCCCAUACACAGAUGUGACAAAGGAACUCAGACAGAUUCCAAGAAGAGAAGCACAGAUGCGCACACAUCAGACGGGUAUGCAGACAUGCUAUAUUCCAUCUGAACCUGUACCCCGUUCUUCAACUCCAGUACCAACAAAUGAAUCACAAGUGUGGAGUGAAAGUGACAGUGAAACAGAGAUACGUGAUCCUCACGACACUACGUAUGACCCCAACCAAAGUGACCUAAACUUGACACAGGAUACCUCCCUCUGUGAAAGGUCGUUCAUCAACCACUGUGAUACUGUCCACAGCCACACAGAAAGUAGCAGCGUUACUGAGCACCCUACUAAAGAUGACGGGCACGAAACCAGCGACACUCACCAACACCGAGAGGCAAUGUACAUGGUUUCGGAAACCUGCCUUCUUCAGCUGCUCAAGACUUGUCCAGAAUGUGUGACGACAAAAACUGUGACAGAACUCAACUGCAAGGGCUCGUGCCUACGUGUAACUGUGACAUGCCAAAACAAUCACACAAGGGUUUGGUACAGUCAGCCUUCGCUUGGUGGAAAGCCAGUCGGAAACAUCAUAAUGAGCGCCGCCAUACUUUUUUCGGGAUGUAGCCCUACAAAGGUGCUGCGACUUUUCCAGUUCAUGAAGCUUGCCAGCGUAAAGAAGACCCAGUACUUCAGAAUGCAGCAUUGCUACCUUUUUCCCGCAGUCAAGGAGGCAUGGAAGUUGGAGCAAGAAGCAUUGGUGUGCGCCCUCAAGGAAACACCUCUAACACUUGCAGGCGACGCCAGGUGUGAUUCUCCGGGGCAUUGCGCACUAAUGGGGACAUACACAGUCCUGGAGACAUCAGCCAAUAAGAUUCUUCACUUUGAGCAGAUUAUGUCACCAGAGGUAUCCUCCAGCAACCAAAUGGAAAAGAUUGGCCUUGAGCGGGUCUUGGGCUACCUCGAACAACAAGAAAUGACGGUUGACAUGCUGAUCACUGACAGGCAUACUGGGAUUAAAGCACUCAUGAAGACCAAGCCCAUUAAACAUCGAUUUGAUGUGUGGCAUGCAGCUAAAGGCAUCAAGAAGAAAAUUGCUGCAGCAGCACAAACAAAGGCACACCAACUACUAGGCCUGUGGUGUGAGAGCAUCAUAAGGCACUUGUACUGGUGUGCAAAAACAAGUUCCGACAAUGGAGAGGAGCUACUGGCCAAGUGGACUUCUGUCAUGCGUCAUGUCAUCAAUGUCCACACGCACCCCAAUGCAUUGCACCCAAGAUGCUUUCAUGAUGACCCCGGAGAAAGGCUGUGGCUUCACGAAGGCACAGAACCAUUCAUGAAGCUUCACAGCAUUCUCAUGUCAAAGUACUUGUUAGUUGACAUCCCGAAGCUGUCUCCACGCGACCAGACCUAUGGACUUGAAGCCUACCAUAGCCUCCUCAUCCAUUUUGCACCAAAGUCGCACAGCUACACAUUUGAAGGCAUGCUGGCAAGGACCCAGAUUGCUGCACUGCACUAUAACUUCAACAGUGCCAGGAUAGUGCUCAAAAUUGACGACGGAACUGACAAGUAUAUCCUGAAAGGGUCUAAACCAAAGAAACAGUGGGUUGUCAUUCCACUGAAGGAAAAUGUGUCAUAUGGCUACGUGGACAAGCUAUUCGCGGAGCUCUUCAGAUGUUUGAGCAAGUGGCCAACAUAUGAAAGUGCCGAGAGGGCAAAUCCACGUGUGCAGCGGCCAACACUGUGCAGCUCCUAUGGAGAGAAGCCAAGCAUCGAAGAAGUUAGGCAGAAUCAUUGGAGUCGAUUCCAAAGAUAGAUGCCCACCUAGAUAGAGCGGCCCACCUUGCAUACACCCGUAUGCAAGGUGGGCCGCUGGUGCAAUCACAUCUUGUAAUGUGAUUCGAUAUGACCAUGCAUUAUCACAGUUGAAGGGAGACUGCACACAGAGAAGAAUGAAAGGAAUGCCCUUGUAGCUGAUGCUUUGGAUGUGUAUCACACUUCACACAAAACGUAAAGGUGCCUCUUUUAGACGUAAAGCACUGAGAGAAACAAAAAUAAUGCAAUCAAUGCAAUUUUCACCCUGAUUUUCAUAAGUCUAACACCCAGCACAAGGCCCUAAUUUACGCACUAGCUAGCAUUUAUAUUGUGGUGUGUGACACUCGCAUAAUUGCAGGUUGCUUGUAGCAGGUGAGCUGGAUCAGCUGUAGUGAUGAUGGUAGUGUCUGUGCUCCUGAACUGACCUUGACAAACUCGUGACAAAAUGUGGACUGCAGAUACAAGACAAGUGGGAUAUGACAGCUCAUGCACACCACGACAGGGGCAACAGAUGAAAAUUAUGACCGCGAUUGCCAGGCAAACUGAGGAAACGUCAGUAUAAUUCGUUAUCACAGACGACGACAAAAUGGUGCAAUGCGAAGAAUGGUCUGUUUUUAAUUGUGGCUGCCUUCUCACUGAAGAUAAGUAUUGCACAUACAUACAAUCUAAUACAUAUAAAAUAUAGUAGGUUACAAUGACUUGAGAAACAACACAGUGUGACAUUGGUAUAAUUAUCUGUUGCAGGUACAUUAUGAAGGCAAACUGAGCAAACAUAGAUAUAGUUGGAUGUGAUCACAGAUGAAGCAAGAAUGGCACAUCUAUGCAAAGAAUGACAAGAGUGGAAUGAACUUCUGUUCCAUGAAAUAUGGAUUCCUUCCCACACAAGAUAAGUAUCACAUUUGCACACAUCAUGAAAUUUUCAACAUAUUAUUAGUGACGUCACUUUUAUGGACAUAAGGUUCGCAAUUAACCUGCUGCUUCACAAGGUUUGAGCACCUUGAGGAAUUCCAGAGAAAUUAGCAGACUAAUUUUGGAACUGUUGCAAAUUGUGAAUUGACAUCACCAAGUAUAAUAUUUUAGAACAGCUUGAAAAGCUAGAUGAACACACUGGUGUAACUUUGUAGCUUCAGAAGAAGUAAUGCCGUGGCAGUCUGUAAGGAUACUCGUAAGAGCUCAUGCGCAUGAUAUAUUCUAAAAUGGCUGUGUGUAGAGGUCCGUCGGAUGGUCCGUGGUAUGAGGACCUAGACUGUUUCCUAACCUAACCUAACCUAGAGCUGCACGAAGCUAACUUGCACUAACCUGACUAGAAUAAACUAACCUAACACUAACCUAACUUGACCUAACACGACAUAAUGUUGAGCCGACGGACCCCGAUGUAUAAACAAUCGUGUCCGUCCAACGGACCUUUAGACACUUCCUUCUAAGAUAUUACAAAGGCUAAGAUUGAUAUGGUUAUACAUUAUCACAGACAAAGAGAAAAUGGCACAUUGUGAAGAAUGUGGCUUGGUGACAGUGACGGCUAUAGGCAGUGUGUGCUCGUGGAUAAAUCGAUUAUGGAUGCCUGACUAUGCAGGAUGGUGCCCCAGGUGAGUGGAGCACACCAGUUUUGAGAUCACUGUGCUAUCCUUAAUGCUUGCUAGAACUGUUGGCCAUUGCCUUGACCACCAUGGCGGAGAUGAAGCUGCGUGUUCACCUGUACAGAAAGAAGACUGUGUGUACAAGACUGGGACAUUGUACCCCUUUGAAUCCAAAAUCCUGAAUACACACAUCAAUAAAUGUGUUGUACUACAUCUUUCCA